CUGACCCAAUAAAAAUUUUAUGUUAUCAAAAUUCAUCUUUAAUUUAUUAUUGAUGCGCGAUUUUGCGAAUAAUAACCAUUCAUAAUUCGUUAACGAAGGUUUUCCUUAUCGCUUUGUAGAAAUUUUUUAUUCUGAUUGGAGUAGUCAUCUGGACCAGAGAUAGCGGACAUUAAGAAGUUGGUGGUACUCGCUCAGAUUGGCCCAAGAACCGCUGUGGCACUAGAGUGUUUCGUGCUGCGUCAUACACUCCCGAAUUCCCUUACAGAAUGCCCCGACUUGUCUCCUCAACUUCUUUACGUGAUAGCCGGCGAGAGGAUCGUCUACGCGAAGAGCGGAAUGGACGUUACGAUGAUCGGCGACGGCGCAGUCGGUCGCGGGACCGCUACAACAACUAUCCAUACAACGAUCGCAACCGACGUCGUUCGCGCUCGCGUUCUCCUUAUUCCCGACGGCGACGCAGCCGCUCUCGUUCCGCGGAAGCCCAACCCGCCGUCGUCCCCGUCGCGGCCACAGUUGACAGUACACCGUUGACAUUCGGCGACACAUUUGACAAGGAAGCCGAAGUGAAACGCCUGGAACAGGAAUACCAGAAGCGUAAAGAACGGAUUGAGCUGUGGAGAAAGCAGAAGAAACGCGAGGAUGAUAAAGCAGCGGCGGCUGCUGCUGUGGAGGCGGCCAAACAGAAUUCCGCCAACGGACCUGGCUGGUCGCUGGAGGAUGAAGGGGAAGAUGCGGAGGAGCCGUUGGCUGAUGUCAAAGCCAAACCCGUGGAAGACGAAGUGGAUCCCUUGGAUGCGUUUAUGCAGGGUGUGCAGGAAGAAGUCAAGGAGAUCCGCAAGCGGGACUUGGAGAAUAUGCAGGAUGCACCAGGGAAGAAAAAGUCAGCGGCACGCAACGAAGCCGCGAGCGGCGUGACGUUCGUCAAUACGGUGGCCAAUAAAAAUAAGAAUGAUCAUAAAAGCAAACGGGGCGAAAUUAUGGAGCAGGAUCAGGAUGCGUUGGAAUGGAGCUCCGAAGAGGAGGAAGAGGAUUUGAAGACAACGAUGAGUAAUGUACAGAAUAAACAGAAGAAGCUGAUUCAAGCGGUGGAUCAUCAAGCCAUUGAUUAUCCAACUUUUCGAAGGAGUUUCUAUAAUGAAGUUCCGGAAAUCACGAACAUGUCGGAGGUGGAGGUACAGGCGUAUCGGGAAGAGCUGGAGGAUAUCAAAGUACGGGGAAAGGAUUGUCCCAAACCCAUUAAGAAUUGGGCGCAGUGUGGUGUUAGUAAGAAAGAAUUGGAUGUACUGAAAAAGAGCGGCUACACGAAACCUACUCCCAUCCAAGCGCAGGCCGUUCCCUGCAUCAUGUCCGGACGUGAUGUGAUUGGGAUUGCAAAAACCGGUUCCGGGAAGACGUUAGCGUUUUUGUUGCCCAUGUUUCGUCAUGUGCUGGAUCAGCCUCAUUUGGAAGAAGGAGAAGGGCCCGUGGCGUUGAUUCUGACACCGACUCGUGAAUUAGCGCUGCAGAUUUGGAAGGAAGCGAAGAAAUUUGGGAAGUCCAUGGGGCUGCGCUGUGUGUGCGUGUACGGAGGAACCGGCAUAUCGGAGCAGAUCGCAGAAUUGAAAAAAGGAGCGGAGAUCAUUGUUUGCACUCCUGGUCGGAUGAUUGACAUGCUGGCUGCUAAUAAUGGACGAGUAACGAACCUUCGAAGAGUGACAUAUGUCGUUCUGGAUGAGGCUGAUCGCAUGUUCGACAUGGGAUUCGAACCCCAGGUGAUGUUGAUUGUGGAUAAUAUUCGACCGGAUCGGCAGACGGUGUUGUUUUCUGCCACAUUUCCCCGACAGAUGGAGGCGUUGGCGCGCCGAAUCCUCGCAAAACCAAUCGAAAUUCAAGUUGGUGGACGCAGCGUCGUGUGCAAAGACGUCGAACAACACGUGAUGAUCAUUGACGAAGAUCAGAAAUUUUUGAAAGUGUUGGAAUUGCUGGGUCAUUAUGGUGCGCAAGGAAGCUGUUUGAUCUUCGUGGAAAAGCAGGAAAAAGCUGAUCAACUUCUGAAAGAUCUUAUGAAAGCUUCAUAUUCCGCAAUGGCCCUGCAUGGUGGUAUUGACCAGUUUGACCGCGACAGUACCAUUAAUGAUUUCAAAAAAGGCAAUAUUCAAGUGCUGGUGGCCACCUCAGUGGCCGCACGUGGUCUUGAUGUCAAGAAUUUGGUGCUGGUGGUCAAUUAUGAUUGCCCAAAUCACUACGAAGAUUACGUGCACCGGUGCGGCCGAACCGGGCGUGCGGGGAAUAAAGGAUAUGCGUACACGUUUAUUACGCCGUUGCAGGAACGUUACUCUCCGGAUAUCCUUAAAGCACUAGAAUUGUCUGGUGCUGAAGUUCCUCAGGAUCUCAAACUCAUUUUUGAAACGUACAAGGGCAGAUUGGCGGCUGAAGGGAAAAAAGUUAAGGGCUUUAGUGGAUUUGGUGGGAAGGGAUUUCAGUUCGAUGAGAACGAAGCGCAGGCUGCGAAAGAUUCGAAGAAAAUGCAGAAAGCUGUUCUUGGAUUACAGGAUUCGGAUUCUGAUGAAGGAGAAGCCGACUUGGAUCAACACAUUGAGGAUUUAUUCAAGAGUACGCGACGCGUUAAGGACGCUAAUGCUCCGGCUCCUCCGGUUGUCAUCGUGCAGCAACAACCCGCAGUUACAGUGCAGCAAGGUGCAGCUGCACCGGUUCAACCGCAGGAAACAUACACCGGCCACGGAGCGUUCAUUCCUGUGGCAGCACCAGUGUAUAAAGUAUCGAAAGAUGCCGGAAAAAAUUUGGAACUGGCGAAGCGCUUGGCCAUGAAAUUGCAGGCAGCCAAAGCGGUUGAUCCGACCAAGAAUUCCACACAGCAGGCCGCGGAAGCGAUUAUGCGCGGGUUCCACUCGGAAGCGCCGGCCGUGUCCAAGAAGACCAUUGCCGAACAAUUAGCAGAGAAACUGAAUGCUAAACUGAACUAUGUUCCGGAGGAGAAGCCAGCGGAGGAGAAUCCAGUUGAACAGUAUAAGACGUUUGAAGAGGAACUGGAAAUCAAUGAUUUCCCGCAGCAGGCGCGCUGGAGGAUAACCGGAAAGGAGACACUCGCGCAGAUUGGUGAAUAUGCCGAUGCUUUCCUGUCGGUACGCGGUUCGUACAUUCCCACCGGCAAAGAACCGACGGAAGGCGAGAGGAAGUUGUAUAUUGGUAUCGAAGCCACCACGGAGCUGUCGUUGUCCAAAGCGAAGGCGGAGGUGACCAGGAUUAUUAAGGAAGAACUUCUGAAGAUUGCCAAUGCGCCGGUUAACCGUGGUCGUUAUAAAGUGGUUUAAUCCUGUGUUGCAUUGGUCGCGCUCUUUUUCCUAACCGCGGUUCUUCUGAAUCUAUUAGUUUUUCUUUUAUUUGGGUUUAAUGAGCGGAUGUUGCCUACUGAUGCUAUGGUAGUUAUGCAUAACUUUAGUGAGUUGAUUAUUUUCAAAUUUUAUGUGCAGUUAUCUUGGAAUGGAUAAAAUUAUUGAUGGCUGAGUAAAACUCAUCAU